AUGGACGUAAGCGGAGGAGGAGGUGACGUGGCAACACCUGUUCAACAGAAAGCACAUGAAGCCUGGAGGAUUUACCAACACUACCUUGACAAAACUACCCCUCACGCAACUUACAGGUGGAUUGGGACUUCUGUCAUCGCCCUUGCCUUCUGUUUGAGGGUUUACUAUCUCCAAGGCUUCUACAUCAUCGCUUACGGACUCGGAAUCUACCUUUUGAAUCUUCUCAUUGGGUUUUUGUCACCUCUUGUUGAUCCUGAGGCUUCUGGUGGAGGAGGAUCUGAUGGACCUUCUCUUCCUACUAGAGGCUCUGAUGAGUUUAAGCCUUUUAUCCGCCGUCUCCCUGAGUUCAAAUUCUGGUAUUCGAUGACAAAGGCGUUCGGGAUUGCGUUUGUGAUGACGUUCUUCUCGAUGUUUGACGUUCCUGUGUUCUGGCCGAUUCUGCUUUGCUAUUGGAUUGUUCUCUUUGUUCUCACCAUGAGACGCCAGAUCUCCCAUAUGAUUAAGUAUAAGUACAUCCCUUUCAGCUUCGGCAAACAGAAAUAUGGUGGACGGAGUAGCAGCGGCUCACGUGCGGAGUGA